AUGGGACAAUGCUUAGCUAAGCCAACUAAUGAUGGAGAUGAUUCUGAACAUAAUGUUGAACUUGCUGGUGGAAAUGUCCAGCUCAUCACAACAAAGGAAAGUUGGGAGCAAAAGAUGGCAGAAGCAAAGAGAGAUGGCAAGAUUGUGAUUGCAAAUUUUAGUGCUACAUGGUGUGGUCCUUGUAAAAUGAUCGCACCUUUAUACCGCGAGCUGUCUGAGAAAUUCCCUGCUCUGGUUUAUCUUACCAUUGAUGUUGAUGAGCUAACUGAAUUCAGUUCAACAUGGGAUAUCAAAGCAACUCCAACCUUCUUCUUCCUUAAAGAUGGACAGCAAAUUGACAAGCUUGUGGGUGCCAAUAAGCCGGAGCUGCAGAAGAAGAUUAUAGCCGUACAAGAUUCUGCUCCUUGUACCAGAAAUAGCACUCUAUGA